AUCGAAAACGAAACCCAACGGCGGCGUGACCGACACUGAACAGCAGUUGCACGAACCGUUGCCCUCCUCGGUGUCUCUCAGAUAUGGCACUGCAAGUAUCAGCUCGGGUUUCACAUGUCAGAGCCCUCCCGCGCUCCACCGGCCCUCUGUCCCGAGCCGGUGUCAAGUUCAAGCACAUCCUAACUCCUGGGAGCCCCCAGCUGGGAGGGCAGCCAGCAACAGGUCCUCUCCGCGGCCAUAUUAACGCUGCCCCCAGAGCUGCCAAACUCUCAACAACAACAGCGACAGCAGCACUUUGGAAGGCCAGUCAGGGGAACGGGUCCUCCUCACCCCGGGGAAGGAGAGGCUGGCUGGGCAGGUUGGCCCUCGGUGCUGCCCUCGGAGUGAGCUCAGCCGCGCUGGUCCAUUCCGUCCACACCGGAGCCUUCACCGCCAUGGCCCUCAAAAUUAACCUGGACUCUGCUGAGGGAGACUGGAAGGAGACCAAGGGCUUCUUGCUGUCUCUUUCUGUGAAGGACAGGCGUCAAUACCACAGGACUUCUGGCUUUGUGCCGCUGGAUGACAUCCCAGUGUGGACUCCCGCUGCAGGUGGCUCUGAGCCAAGUCGCUACCAGAGGAAUGAAAAACUGGACCAGAAGAUUUCCCUCUACAGCGGUGACAUCACCAAGCUGGAGAUAGGUGCUAUUGUCAAUGCAGCCAACAACACUUUGCUCGGUGGAGGUGGAGUGGACGGAGCGAUCCACCGCGCUGCAGGUCCUUUGCUGAAAAAGGAGUGUGCUUCCCUCCACGGCUGCGAGACGGGAGAAGCCAAGAUCACCUGCGGCUACGGCCUCCCAGCAAAGUAUGUCAUUCACACGGUGGGACCGAUUGCACAGGGAGGAGUUGGAGAGACGGAGAGGAAAGCACUCAGGUCCUGCUACAUGAACAGCCUGAAAACUGCAACUGAAAACGCUGCACGUUCCGUGGCUUUCCCUUGCAUCUCCACUGGAAUCUACGGAUAUCCACCUGAGCAGGCUGUGCACGAGGCGCUAGCAACUGUGAGGGAGUAUCUCGAUGCACAUCACGACAAGGUGGGUAUGUACGUACUGUAUAUGUGUGUGUGUGUUUGUGUCUGCAUGAUUGGCAAUUUUUCCCUACCAUUUCCUCCAGGUAUUAUUUCUUUCACAGCUGUUGUUUUUGUUUUCUGGUGAGAGCGAGGAGACGAGUGCGCUGAGAAAACACAUACACACACAAUGACAACGCACACAAACAUAAAUUUAAACACACACUCCCAAGUUCUGGCUCUCAUGCUCAUGGCCAAGUCUGCGUUUUAAUUGGCUCCUUGCGGGACUAAACCCGACUUAACACAAACACACACACGUACACACACGCACAGACACACACACACACUUUCUCUCUGGA